AAAGCAUAUUUUUAAAAACCUAUAUUGAAAAACCUUUAUUCAAAAACCUAAUUCAAACUUGUUUAGUGUUCGUAACGAAAGAGUAAGGCUUAGAAAUGGCGAAGCUGUGGUUAAUUUUCAGUAUUCUUACAAUCCUCGCAACGAUACACGAUUCUAGUUUUGUGCAGGCGGAUUUAACAACUAAAGAGCGAAUAAAGAAACAUCAAGAUUGGCUUAGAGAGCACCGAAAACCUAAAGCGAAAAAGAAAAUCUCAAACAACUCAUACUAUGAGCUAGCCAACUUGUGGCAUACGAGAAAAGAUCUAUCGACCAAGCAAAAACCGAAUAACAAGGAAGACUACUUGGAGAACGAAACAACUAGUAAAAUAUCCAACAAAAACGAGGAGAAAGUAUUAAGGUCAACGAUUAUAUUCCAAAAUGGCACCAAUCAAAGUACAUCGACAUCUAAAUCCAAUCUGGAAACCACUACAUUACCAAGUGUGACUACCAAGGAUCUCUUCGAACGUGGCAGCGUUGCAACCACACGACAGACUCCAAAUGUCGAGGAGGUGGUCUCCUCACCCAAUCCACCGAAUGAGGCAACAACGAAGAAGGCAAAGAAGAAGGUGUACCCAUAUCCACGCUGGGACAAGUGGAGCGACUGGAGCUCCUGCUCCCGGAGCUGCGGUGGUGGUGUGAAGUACCAGGUUCGGAAAUGCAUUAAUCGAAACCUAUUGACGAAUAAUCAGCUUACGAGUAAUGCAUGUGUUGGAUACUUCAAGCGCUAUCAACUGUGCAAUGAUGUGCCAUGCGACGAACAAUCCCCGGAUUUUCGGGCCUCCCAAUGCUCGACUUACAACGAUAAAGAGUUUCAUGGUCAUCGAUAUAGGUGGGAGCCGUAUGUGAAGGAGGACGCUGAAUGUGAGCUAAACUGUAUGCCAUUUGGAAUGAAAUCUUUUGCCACACUGAACGAAUCCGUAAUUGAUGGAACUCCUUGUGGGCAUCCAGCUGAAUAUUUUAGGUCACAAUUCUGGGAUCGCGCUGUUUGUGUUGAUGGAGCCUGUAAGGCGGUGCAAGCCAGUGGCGAAAUUGAUGGAUUGUAUGCGCACAGUGGAUCCGUGAGCUGUGGAGGAUUACUUUGUCGCCCCAUCACGGGCAUCUUCACCCGAGAUCCUCUGCCGGAACAUGCCUAUGUGCAAGUCACCACACUGCCAGUGGGUGCCUCCAAUAUCUCGAUAACUGAACUCAAGAACAGCAUCAACUUGCUGGUCCUGCGCACCUCCAAGGAGGUGUCCAUCUUCAAUGGCGAGAACACUGUCUCGGAUAGCGGAUCCUACGAAGCGGUUGGUGCCGUCUUCGACUAUCACCGCAUCGAUGGAGCCCAGGACAGCAAUGGCGUGACCGAGUGGAUCACGAGUGUGGGGCCCAUCCGGGACUCAUUGCAACUCAUGGUUUACACCAAGUCUGCCAACAAUACUGGUGUGAAGUACGAGUACAUGCUGCCCAUUGUGUCCGAGUCCGAGGAGAACGAGAUGUCGCUGGAGAGCAGCGAUGGACUGCUCAGAUCCGGAAUCGAGGACACCAGCUCAUCCAGUUCAUCGAGGGCGGGACGCAAGCGUAUCUUCAAUUGGAAAGUAAUUGGGUUCAGCAGUUGCACAAAGUCCUGCGGCGGCGGCACCCAGACACCCAUUAUACGCUGCAUUCGCAAGAAUCCACUGCGCUAUUACUCGCAGCGCCGUUGCAUGCACUCCGUGAAACCGGUGCUGAACGAGAACCUAUUGCACUGCAACACGCAACCGUGUCCCGCAUAUUGGAGGUUGGACGAUUGGGGCGAGUGUCGCUGCUCGUCGAGCGGCGGUCUCCGGCGCAGGGAGGUCAGUUGCGUCCAGGAACUGGCUUCCGGCCUGGUCAUACACGUCGAUAAGGCCGCCUGCAUGGAGGAUGAGCCGCCCACCCAGAAGCAGUGCGAAUGUCCCAAGAACCGGCGACGCAAUUUGGCGCGAUAUCGCUUGCCUGGCAGUGCGGAGUCCUCCUCGAAUAGCACCCAUGUGAAGAGGAGCAAAAUCGAUGGCACCGACGCACUGGCCAUCUGGUUGACGUCCGAAUGGAAUCAGUAUUGCUCGGUCACCUGCGGAUCGGGCGUUGAGUAUCGCACAGUAUUCUGCGAUCGCUCCAAGGCCGGCGAACAGCGUUGUGAUCCCAGCACAACGCCCGAAAGUCGUCGUCCCUGUGAGAAGCCUGCCUGCGAGGUGGGCGAUUGGUUCACCGGUCCGUGGUCCUCGUGCAAUGGCGACUGCUUCGACCUGAGCCGCACCCGCGAGGUGCUGUGCAUCCGGAACCAGCUGAUCACCGAGCACAAUGAGUGCACGCCGGAACUGAAGCCGCAAUCCGUGGAGAAAUGCUCCCAUGAGGAGGUGGAGUACUGCGCUGCCCGUUGGCACUACUCGGAUUGGUCAGAGUGUUCCAAAUCCUGUGGCGGUGGAACCCAGCGACGCAGUGUCAGAUGCUUGGAGUACGACAUCAAGAUGAACGCCUUGCGGGAAUCGACGCACUGUCGGUACACGAACAGGGAUCCAGUAUAUCGCAAUUGCAAUGUGCAAGCGUGUGAAGAAGUUAAGAAACCGGAUGUGGCUCCAGCCUGCGCGGAUAAGUUCGCCAAUUGCCAGUGGGCUUCGCAGGCAAAGUUAUGCAGCUACGAUUACUACCGCGAAAAUUGUUGUCUUUCCUGUACGGGCGGCAAUUAAAGUUCGUAGUGCGUAAAAAUCUUAAUUAAUUUAUAAACCUACUAUUUAACCGCCGUGCAGAAUAGCUACAAAAUAUUAUCAAGCUUUACCCCCCCGCAUAUGACAUUUUGUUAACUCUAGAACUUAGUAUUUCUGACACUAAAGCUCAAAAGAAGGCUUGCAGGGAAAUGCAAAAGUUAAAUGAUCGACCAAGAAGAAUGUAUUAACGCAAAUUAAUAACAGCAUACUAAAGUAAACUAGAUGAAGACUAAAACAUAAUAUUUAGUGAAAUUAUAAUAAUCUUACACGUAACAUUUAAGAAACGAAAAACGAUGUGGUUUCAUACGCAACCACAUGAAUUUCAAUAAAACGGAGAUUAAAUGAAGACUUUUACCAUUCUUGUUCUGGAAAUAAA